GGCCAGGAAAGCCCUGAGCUGCCCCGGGGUGUGACCAGGAGGGUCCGCCUGGCACUGCCACCUCCGGGAUUCGGGGAAGUGGAGGAGGAGGAGGAGGAGGAGGAGGAGGAGGAGGGGUCGGGCCCCACCCUGCUCGCUUCUGCAGAAGGCGACCAAAGAGUUGCCCUUCCCAAUGGACAGGCCCAAGGGACUCUCACGGAGGGGCAGAGCCCCCCGAGGUUGCGUCCCCACAGGAGGCGUGAAAGGGCCCUCCAGCAGCGGACGGAGCGCCUGCCCAAGAAGAACCGAGGGAGAAGUGCCCGUUGCCGGCUGCAGGCCCGCCAUUGGCUGAGCUGGCCCGUGACGUCACAAAGGACCCGCAGCCUGCGCUUCCAAGGCACGGACGGAAAGGAGAGGCCGGCCCCCUGCCAGGCACUGGAGAGGUUCUGCGUUCAUCCAAGGGGUGCUCUUUCUGCAGAGCCCCCAGAGGUGACGGUGACCAGAAGGGCAGGCCAGGACGAUACGGAGACCCUCACCUGCCGGGCCCACGGCUUCUACCCCCGAGAGAUCGACAUGGCCUGGACCAGGGACGGGGAGGUCUGGCUGCAGGACGCCUUCCGGGGCGUCCUGGCCCCGAACUCAGAUGGGACUUUCCACGCCUGGCUCAGUGUCAGACUCGACCCCUGGGACAUAGGGCACUUCCUGUGUUGUGUCGAACAUGACGCCUUGCAGACACCGGUGGAACUAACCUGGGAGGAGCCUGCGUCCAUCCUUGACCACCUUAUCUGGCCCACCAUGGGGGUCCUCGUGCUGCUCCCGGCAGUCGUGCUUGCUGUGUUAUCCCUCAAGACGCUUUGUGGUGCCUACGGACCAGCAUCAAGUGAGUGUGUCCCCCUUUUGCUGGGUCUCUCCAAGGCCGGGCAGGCCCCUCUCGGAUGCAUAUGGGGCCCCGGGAGGAUCCGCUGAGGGGUGGAGGGAGGCGGAGGAGGGGCUCU